AUGGGAUAUAAUUGCGGUGAUAAUGAGGAAUGGAUUCGGAGUAAUCGUAUAGUGGGUGGAAGUGAUGUGCGAUGGGGCGAAGUACCAUGGCAAGUUAGACUUCGCAUCCAACUCGACAACGCUGUUAUGCAAUGCGGAGCCGUACUUAUCGAUACCGAUUGGGUCCUAACGGCCGCCCAUUGUGUCACUUAUUGUCCAAAUCUUUGUUCAGAUAUUACCGCAUAUUUUGGUGAACAUAGACUUAUCAAUGAAUAUAAACAGUCAAAAGCUGUGCAAAUAUUACUCAACAAUAAGGAAAGAAGUAAACCCUACGAUAGUUUGUUUGAAACUAAUCACUACAACGAGAUUAUCGCACGAAAAGCGGCCAAAGUUAUGGUAAACAAUCGUUUUAAUGAAAAGACAUUUGAGGGCGACAUCGCUUUGAUUAAAGUGAAUCAAAGUGUUAGAUUUAGCGAUAAUAUUCAACCCAUUUGUUUGCCUAAAGUGAUGGAAAACUUUGCCGGAGAGACGGGCUUUAUAUCUGGUUUUGGUGUCCUUAAAUCGGGCUCAAAACAAGUGCCGCACAAUCUUCAGAUCAGUUCGGUAUCUAUAUUUACGACAACUUUUUGUGAAUAUAUGCUGAGAGAGUUAGGAUACGAUGAUGUGGUCAAAUGGGGCAAACUGUGCGCCGGAGCCAUAGAUGGUGGUAGGGAUGCCUGCGCUGGUGAUAGUGGGGGUCCUCUCACUGUGAGGAGGAGUGAGGAUAAUAAAUGGGUUUUAGUCGGCAUUAUAUCAAAUGGCAUCAAAUGCGGUCAACCCAACACACCUGGACUAUAUACACAGGUCUCCGCUUUUGUCAAUUGGAUUAAUGCAGUCAUUGCUAACGAAACAAUGCAUUCAUAAAAGUGUUUUACAGAAUCGCAAACAUUAUUAUCAUUUGUCAAUAGAGUUAAUAGAAACCAAAUAUUUUACAUUUUUCAAAC